ACCCAGAACUCGCUGAAAGUAUUAUAUAUCCCAUCUGGCCUGGGACACAACAGGAUCCCCCAGGGUAAGCUGAAAAGUGUUGCUGGGGAGAUGGGUGUACGGAAUACCAUGUUCGGUCUACUGCCUCCAAGAUCUGACCUUGGAAUUAAUAGAAGAAUAAUGGCUGGCACUGUCAAAAAUAUAAGUUCAUCAGAAUCUUAAAACUGACAGUUUUUAUUUGAAUAUACCAUUCUACUACAGCUGACCUGUCCAAAUGGAGCCAGCAGCUCUUCCAAAGUGUGAUAAGAGAGGCCAGUGGGCCAACAAGAGGGAGUUCAUUUUGACAGUAGUUGGAGAAAUCGUUGGUCUGGGAAAUGUUUGGAGAUUUCCAUAUUUGUGCUUCAAAAACGGAGGAGGAAUUUUCUUGGUUCCUUAUGUUUUGUUCCUGUUCACAUGUGGAAUCCCCGUCUUUUUUCUGGAGUUGUCUCUGGGACAGUUAACGGGUCAAGGUGCAAUCACAUGUUGGAGGAAACUAUGCCCUUUAUUUGAAGGUUUAGGCUAUGGCACUCAGAUGAUUACACUUUACACUAUGAUGUAUUAUAUCGUCAUCUUGGCUUGGGGCUUCUUCUACCUCUUCUCCUCCUUCAACACGGAGCUACCCUGGGCCAGCUGCAACAACACCUGGAACACGGGGGACUGUGUUGAUUUUCGACUGAAUCAUUCAUCAACUCGUCACAUUUCUCCAAAUGAGACAUCAUCAGUUGAAGAAUUCUGGCAGAGAAGAGUCCUGGGUCUGUCUGAAGGAAUUGAGGAGAUGGGAAGUGUCCGCUGGGACCUAGCUGGAUGUCUUCUGCUGAGCUGGAUUGUUUGUUAUUUCUGUGCUUGGAAAGGAGUCAAGUGUUCAGGAAAGGUGGUUUACUUCACAGCAACAUUUCCUUAUGUGAUGAUGAUUGUGUUGUUGAUCCGUGGAGUGACAUUGCCGGGAGCCAUCGAUGGUAUUCGAUUUUACCUCUCUCCUGAUCCAACACAUCUGGCCAAUCCUCAGGUGUGGAUUGAUGCUGCCAGCCAGGUAUUAUUUUCUAAUGUUGUGUGCUCAGGCUGUUUGACAUCUUUAGGAAGUCACAACAAAUACAACAACAACUGCUACAAAGAUGCAUUUGCCCUGGCCAUGGUGAACAGUGUGACCAGCUUUGUUGCUGGCUUUGCAAUUUUCUCUGUCCUUGGCUACAUGUCCUAUGAGAUGGGUGUCGACAUCUCAGCAGUGGCUGAAUCAGGUCCCGGCCUGGCAUUCAUUGCCUACCCUCAAGCAGUAGCCAUGAUGCCUUUACCCCAACUCUGGGCUGUCUUUUUCUUCCUUAUGAUUAUCUUCCUUGGACUGGAUAGUCAGUUUGUGAAUCUGGAAACUAUGGUCACGUCCAUAUCAGAUAUGUAUCCCUCCUUCUUUUCAACUGGUCAUCGACGUAAACUGCUCCUGCUGGUCAUCUGUGUUGUGUCCUUACUCAUUGGUCUCUGUAUGGUCACCGAGGGAGGAAUGUACAUAUUUCAGCUUUUUGAAUUCUACAUCUGUGGUGGUAUCCCAUUGUUACUUAUUGCCAUUUUGGAGACCAUUUGUAUAGGAUGGGUUUAUGGCGCUGAUCGUUAUUACAUGAAUAUUAUGGACAUGAUUGGCUACCGACCUUCACCUUAUAUUAAAUAUUGUUGGAGGUACAUCACACCAUGUGUGUCUGCAAGUGUCCUGCUUUUCUCUCUGGUCAAAUUCACCCCUCUGAGAUACAACAACACCUACAAGUACCCAUGGUGGGGUUUGGCCCUCGGGCUGUUUCUUGCGCUCUCUUCGGUCCUCAUUGUUCCACUAUGGUGUCUCUACAUUCUGACUGUAACUCCAGGAACGCCAAGACAGAGACUGAAAGUGGUGACCACUCCAGCAGACAACCUGCUCAGAGCAACAGAGGAGACUCUCAAAUCUGAGACAUGUGCUGACGACAAGCCCAGAAAAAGGCACACAGAUGAGAUCCUGGGUGAAGUCCUCCUCCAUGAAGGAAGUCAUUCCGAGGUCUAGUCCAAACAGAAAGUCGACAUAAUGUUCAAGAAAAGAGGGCAGAAGUACUUGAACACAUUAUGUAUAUGAAUCAUUGUUAAAUAAUACAAAACUCAUAUGAUAAUAAUACAAAGCCCAUUUGAACAUUUAUAACAAUUUAAUUGAAAAUUGAAUAUAUAGUUUAUUUGACAUUAUUGAAUGGGGUCAAACAAAUGUACGGUGUAUUUACAGCUUGUGUAUGUAUAUAUACAGUAUAUGUCAAUAAGUGGAAAUCUGCAAAGAGUCUUUCUCAGUUUUAUUUUUAGUUUAAAAAAAUGAAUUAACAGAAGUAAUUAACGUAUAAAAAAAGAACCAAAUUCAUGUUCUCAGUGAUCUCUGAGAGAAGACGGGUUUUCAGGGGGAGAUCAGU